AUGCCGGAAAAUGUACAUUGGAAAACGGAUGAUAAUAGCAUAACAUUAUGGUGGGAUCCACCAGCAACAGCUGAUGAAAUAUUGGUGCGUGGUUAUACGAUAUCAUACGGAAUUGGUACACCAAAUCGACGUGUAAUUAUUGAAGGAGCUAAUACCAAUGCUUUUACAAUUAAUAAACUUAAAUCUAACACAACAUAUGUUUUUGCAUUAACUGCAUAUAAUGAAGCAGAUGGUGAAGAUUCAGAAAAGGUUCUUUUCACCGCUACUACCGAAAUUGGAAAAAAUUCAGAUGAACAAUUGAUUAAUUUACAAAGACCAACAAAUGUCAAAGCAAAUGCUAUUUCACCCACUGAAAUUUCAAUACAAUGGACGGAUCCAAAUGUUGAUAUUUACUAUGAUCAUCAAUCUGAAAGCAUCAGAUCAUUAUUUCGAAAACGAAAAUAUGUGAUACAAUACGGUGAAUAUCAAUCAUUGAAUUUAGAAACGGUAACAUCAACAGUACCAUAUGUACUUCUUAGUAAUUUGCAACCAGCAACAGACUACGAAAUUAUCAUUAAAAUAAUUUUGCCAAAUGGAAUCGAAUCAGCAUGGACUAUUCGAGAAGUUAUCCAAACAUUACCAAAUGUAGCAUUAAUGGGUGGAUCAAAGCUGAUUGAACUUCGAUUCAAUUUUGAGCAAUCAGAAAAAUGUUUCUUCUAUUCUGAUUCAACAGCUCCACUUCAAUGGAAAAUGAUUGAAGCUAAAAGCUAUAAUGAAUUAAGAGAUCGAUCAGCAAAACAUUUUGUAAGCAUACAAUCAACAAUAUUUGAUAAGAAUUAUGGUCAUUUGAUAUCAACACCAAUCAUUCUUACUGAUAAUAAUUAUUGUCUAAGUACAUGGAUUUAUGUUAAACAAUUCAGCAAAGGUACACUCACUGUUUCAUUGCUACCUAAUAAUUUAUUGAUAGAAGGAAGAUUAGAAGAAAUGCCAAAAGAGCAAUGGCAUCAUUUAAUUUUAGAUUUUACUAAUUCGCAUCAUAUAUUUCAGAUAUCAUUCAAAGUGAGAAAAGAAGAUGGUAAUCAAUUUUGGUUAGCUUUAGACGACAUUGCCCUACAUUCCGGAAAGUGUAACAGUGAUCCGGAUGCACCUUUACGGGAUAAUGGACAAUUUCAACGUUGGUUUAAAAUCAUUAAAAAUUACACUUUUUUUCUUUUUUUUUCUUUCAAUUAA